GUAUCUGUGUCCCCUUGCUGUUGUCUAAGCAGUAUUGAGCAUUCUCAUUCCAAGGCUAUUCUUGAUAUCCAAUGGGUACCUGACCACUUUGAGGUUAAUCGACUUGGCUAUGCAAUAGAGAACCAGACACAGAAAUGCGUUCAAUUAAUGACUUGUGCUAUUGAUCAUGAGAUUCUCUUCUGGGAUAGUCGGCUUGAAAAGACGCCACUCGCAAUUGAUAAAACGCGUGAUAUGCUUACCUUGCCUCACGGAGUACCAGCAACUUUUUCAGGACUUGACAUGAAGUGGAAGCCCUUUCUUCGGGCACAUAUAUUCAACGACUCAGGAGGUGAUCAUUCUCCAACCAGAUUUUGCAUCAAGGUGAGGGACUUGCUAUAA